GCUGCUUUGACUUUAACUUCAAACUAUGAUGUUUAAAUGUAAAGAGAGUCAGAUUUAAUCUGUAAUCUGAUAUAAGAGCUCUUUAUUGCUCUUCAGACUACAACAACAUUAAGGCGUCGUCUUCUUCCGUGUGCCAUCCCCGUCCAAAGUCCCCGGCUGCUUUGAUAAGGACACUCACUCCGCCGCUCCUCACCCUCACAGCGUCCACUCCUCACCCUCACAGCGUCCACUCCUCACCCUCACAGCGUCCGCUCCUCACCCUCACAGCGUCCGCUCCUCACCCUCACAUCGUCCACCGUCCCCGGACAACGACGGCGACCUCUGCGUGACCUCAGACGAGGAGCCUUCACACCUGAUGGCCCAGUACGAGAACAUGCCCCCGAUCCCUUCUCCUCCUCCUCUUCCACCGCUGCUGUGUCCGACCGAGGAGCCCCGGAGCAGAUCUUCAUCGUCCUCGUCCUCCUCCUCCUCAGCCUCAUACUUGGAAGAGAAAGACACGGACAGAGUGGAGAAGGUGGCGGUGGAGUGGGAGAGGAGAUCUGCAGGAGUGGACCAGGUGGAUGUAAGGAGCUCAUCACGCAGGUCCUCCUCUUCCUCCUCCUCAUCGUCCUCCUCAUCCUCCAAAAGCUCAGAGAAAGAAGAGGACACAUCUGUCACACUGUUUGUCAAGGCUGGCAGUGAUGGAGAGAGCAUUGGAAACUGUCCGUUCUCUCAGCGACUCUUCAUGAUCCUGUGGCUCAAAGGUGUCGUCUUUAAUGUCACCACCGUCGACCUGAAGAGGAAACCAGCUGACCUUCACAACCUGGCACCAGGGACACACCCGCCCUUCCUCACCUUCCAGGGUGAGGUUCUCACCGACGUCAACAAGAUCGAGGAGCACCUGGAGGCCAGGCUGGCUCCACCCAAGUAUCCCAAACUGGCACCAAAGAACCGUGAGUCCAACACAGCGGGGAACGACGUGUUCGCCAAGUUCUCUGCUUACGUCAAAAACACCAGACCAGAUAAACACAGAGAUCUAGAAAAGAGUCUCAACAAGGCUUUGGCGAAACUGGACGAGUAUCUGAUGAGUCCACUUCCUGAGGAGGAGCAGGACGGACGCCACCGCGGCAAAGAAGAGUCUGCUCGCAGAUAUCUGGAUGGAGACGAGCUGACGCUGUCCGACUGUAACCUGCUCCCCAAACUCCACGUCGUCAAGGUGGUGGCGAAGAAGUACCGAAACUACGACAUCCCGCCUGAAUUCAGAGGGGUGUGGCGUUACCUCGGCAACGCCUACAAUAGAGACGAGUUCACCAACACGUGUGCAGCCGACGCAGAAAUUGAGCUCGCAUACAAGGACGUCGCCAAGAGGCUGGGGAAGUGACCGCAGUGCGACCGCAGUGCGACCGCAGCGCGACCGCGACGUCUGUCGUCAAAUCUGUUUCUUUACAGAAAAUAUACUAAACUAAAUUUACCAUCAAACUUUAAAAAAUAAAAGAAUGACAUGAAAUAUGUUUCCAAACGUAACGCGACGUCUCUGCUUACGACAAACUGACACAGGAGGUUUGUCGGUUGUUUUCUGUUGUUCUCAAAAAAUAUUGUUAAUUUUACUCAAUCUUGGUCACUAAACAUUAGCAUAAACAUUUUCUGUCUUAAAAGAAAUUAAAAAACACAUGAUAAAACAUGCUAACUUUAAUGAUAGCAUGUGGGCUAACUAGUACUACCAAUGCCAAGCUGCGCUAACUAAACACAAACAAGAUAUCAAGAAAACAUAAGCAGCCACGGCGGCUAAAUUUCUGACUCAACACAUUCAUAGUCAGAGUUUAGCCUAGCAUUAGCAGCGUUGAUAAGCUAAUCUAAGACAAAAUAAUAAAAAAAAAUAAAGAACUCACAGCAGCCAUUUUGUGAUGUUUUAGCAGUAAGAACACGAUGUAUCUACUUUAAUUUGAAUUCUCAAUCUUGUAAGCCACAAUCAGGAGCUACAUGUUAGCAUAAACGUUUAGUUAAGAAAAGGUUACAGCGACUUUUUUUUUUCAUUUUCUGUCAUUCACAAAAAAUACACACAUGAUCAAACAUGCUAACCUAGUAGAAAGUGUGUUUAUCUACUUUAAUGUUAGCAUGUAAUAGCUAACUAGUGCUAACUACCAAUGCCAAGCUAUGGUGACUAAACACACAGGACAUUGAAAACAAACAUUUAGCUAAGCUUACACUAAUUUAGCAUACAUUUAGCUAGGCUCAUUUACUCGGAGACUCAUGAGUUUAGCCUAGCAUUAGCAGUGUUGCUAAGCUAACCUGCAACAAGAUAAAAAACACUUACAUUUACCACACGUUGUACUGAAGCUAACGUUAGCCAGACAUGAUAGCUCCUUCCUGAGUGAGUCAGCAUGUUAGCAUAGCCACUGUUAGCUGGAUUAUUUACACCUGUGCUUCAUCUUUAUAAAAUGGCCGCUGUGGGAAAAAAAAAGCUUUUUAUUUUGUUAAUGUGAGAAAGAGAAGUAAAUUAAAAGAAUACUUUUAAUUAAAUGUAUUAUUUAUAUUGUGUCAGCAUUUUCUCUUUGUUUUAAUCAGAUUAUUGUAUCAUCUGAGAUUAACGGUCACUUUUCUUAACUUCCUCUGAAUUUGUGUCCAAUCUCAUCGUUUUAACAUGAAUUUAAUUUAAAGCAAUAAUGAAAAGGAACAAACAGCUGCUGUGUUAUAAAUGUGUGUGCGUGGAGUCAAUGUUCAUGUCAAAUGACUGUGAAUGAGUGAACGUCAUGGAAGAAUCUGUGUAACAAUAAUAAUAACAUUAAAUAUCGAUGAUCUUAGAUUUUAUUCGUCUUCUCUCUGAUGAUUACGUUCACAAACCCACUGUGUCUAAUAAAAAAUCAUCUAUUUUCUCAAA